UGAUACUAAUAAAUAAUAAGUAAUAUUCAGAUGUGAAUUGGUUAUGACCAAACGUUGACCUCUAAGUCCCCAUUAGAAUGUUAUUCGAAAAUCGACCACUUUAGCCGCGUGAACUGUACAGUUUUUCAUUUGACAUUCAAUAUUUCUAGUCCUGAUAUUUACCAAAUUCCACAUAAACCUACAUUCCGUUUCUUCGUUACAAGCACUACUUAUUAAAACAUAGCAAUGGCGUCGUUAGGCAAGAAAUUGUUCGAGCAAAUCAAAAGUAAAGAGUUCCGCACCUAUUUGAUGAGUACCCAUUUUUGGGGUCCAAUCGCAAAUUGGGGUAUACCAAUAGCGGCACUGUCAGACUUGAGGAAAGAACCAGACAUGAUCAGUGGCAAAAUGACUGGAGCGCUGUGUAUGUAUUCAAUGGUCUUUAUGCGGUUUGCAUGGCAAGUACAACCACGGAAUAUGCUGUUAUUUGCGUGUCAUGCAACAAAUGAAGUUGCUCAGUUGGUCCAGUAUGGGAGAUUCAUAAAUUAUAAUUACCUGUCUGACAAAGAUAAAACAGUAAAAUAGCAGAACUGAUUACUGUUUUUUUUUAAUUUUUUAUAUAUAUAUACAAGAGUUAAUUUGGUUUAUUAUGAGGGGAUCAAAAUUUUUUGUGAUAAGACUUCCUGUUGCGCAUGAACUUAGCUUUUUAGAGUGGUGUUAUUGUUUUGUUUUUAUUAUGAGACAAAUUGACAAUAUAUAUAUAUAUGUACAAUAUGUACCUAAUAUUGUUCUAGAAAUCAUA